AUGGUUCCGCGUCUCGUUGGUGUUUCUCUCAGGAGGAUGAAGGGACGAGGCCUGAACUAUUUCUAAGUUUUCCUAGAGCGGCGCUUCGGGGAUUCACUUGUCAGCUGCAGAUCCAUUAGGAAACAGAGGUGGAGAAAUGGAGGAUUCUAUUGUUUCUGAAAGGCCAGAAGAUGAAUCAGAGAUGCUGUUUUUGGAGGAAGAGGAAAAUCCACCGGGAUACAUCUGGACUCAGGAAGAACACGUGAAAGAUGAUGAAUUUCCAUAUGGAGACACAGCAGACAAUCUCCAGGAUGACGAUGUCCUUGAUGUAAUAAAUGACAGUUUUGAUUCUGACUCUGACUGGUCCAGUGAACAGCACACCGAUCGAUAUGAGAUAGUUAAAAGUUCCAGCUAUCUAGAUAAGGUUCAGAUGUUCCGACUUCGCAAAAAACUGAACCAGCUGGACACCUUCCAACAGGAUAAGGAAUUAAUGCUUCAGAAAAUCAGGGAGGAGCUUAGAGCAUGCCAAGAAAGUAUUGAAUCUUUGAAACAACAGAGAUCCAAUGUGGAAAUGGAGAUUCAGAUGGAACAACAGGCUAAUAACAUGGCUACUGUGUUCCGUCUUCGGGCGCUCCACAAGAGGCUGAACAGUGAGCUGAUCAACGAGGAAGUUGUGGAGUCAAAGAUUGCCAACAUGCUGAAAGAUAAUGAGGUUGACCUCUGGCACAUUGAAGUGGAGCAGGGAAAAUUUGAGGAUAUCCGUGAAAGGCUUGAACAGGAUGAAGAAGACCUGGACAGACAGAACAAAGACUUGGCAGACCAGAGGGCUCACAGGGAGAAAAUGUCACUGACUCGGGCUAAGCACAGAAAACAAGCAGAACAACAGCAGGAAAUGAGCAAGAUAAAAGAACGGGAGCAACGGUAUCGUAAAGUGGUUGCAGAUGCACAGAAGAAUCAUGAAAAAGCUGUUCAGUUCUUGAAGGAAACAAUGACAAGAGUUCGUGAGGAAGAAUCUGAAAAAGAGAAGAAAAGCAGAGAAGAAAUGGAGAAGAGGAUGCAUGCUGUCCUCUCUCUGAAGAAGAAUAUAUCUACAAACCGGGAAAACCUGCGUGUCGUGGAAUCUCGAAACAAAGCACAGGCAGCUAUCGCUAAAAAGCAAGAGAUGCUGGAAAAAGAGGAGGUACUCGCUAAAGGUGGAGAUGUUACAAAGUAUAUUAUCCAUCAGAAGCGACUUCAGGAAUUUGAGAGACAGAAGAAGGAAUUUGAAGAGUCCCAAAAAUUAAGAAAGCAAGAGAUUAUUAGUCGAAUUUUACAAGAGGAAGCCAGCCAAGCGAAACAGAAAAAACAGACUUCGUCUACAGAAAUGAGUAAAAGUCGGGAAAGCACGAAACUCCGAGCCAAAACCAUACAAUAUAUCCAGUCAGCCAUUUUGACGGAGCCCGAUGAGGAGCCUGUGGUUACAGAGAAGAAGUGGAGGUCUCUGUCCCUUUCAUCAUCUGAUGAAGAAGAUGGCUCCCCCAUUCAGGAGUCUUUUGAUGUAGCACGAGAGAUACCUCCUGUUCUAAAGGAGGAAAGUGGGAGCCUUUCUCAGCCAGAGUUCAUGGGAUUGUGGAAUCAAGACUACAAGUCUUAUAAGGUGCCAAAGGAAGAAGACAUUAAGCCUAUAGGAGGCAGUAAAAUGGAAAAGCAGAUUAUGGCAGAGUCUUUGAGGAAGCUCCGGAGUGGAAUAGUUGAGAAGCAAGUGGUUUCUGGACAUGAAUUUAAGGGUUGCCCAUUUUACAGUAAACCAAAAGUUAUUCAUUUUAAGGACCUUGAUGUGGGCAAGACGUAUAAGAAAAAAGUCACUUUGACAAACGCAUCCUAUACAAUAAAUUUCUGCAAACUAGUGGAAGUUAGUGAUCAUCUGAAGGACUUCAUCAACAUUCAAUUUGACCCACCUGGACAAAUGUCUGCUGGAAUGUCAUGUGACAUGGUAGUUACAUUUAAACCAAUGAUUGAUGAAGAUCUUGAAGGGGAAGUGAAGUUCCUGGCGCAGACUGGUCCUUUCACUGUUCCUGUAAAGUGUACCACUAAGAAGUGUGAGUUGGCCCUGGAUAAGGAAUUAAUUGACUUCGGCAUGCAUGUCAUUGGAGAGACAGCGACACUGACUGUGACAUUAACAAAUCAAGGAGCUCUCGGGACAAACUUCCAUGUUAGGCCAUUGACUCAGACUAACAACAUAGGAAAGACACCUGUAGAUGUCUUCUCUGAGCAAAUGAUAACUCCAUUUUCGCCUGAUCUCAUACCUAGAGACACAAAUACCUCUGUCUCCAUGAAUUCCACAAAGCAGGAACAUUUAGAAACUUUAGACUAUAACCAAACAGAACCUGCAAGAGAAGAAACAACUCUACCAGAUGAGGGACCCAGAAGUGCUAAUCUACAAAACGAAAUAAACAUUGAAUAUGUCAAUGGGGAACCCCCUGUUGCUGUGGAAAACACACACAGUGGAGAUGAACAUCUGUAUGGAGACACUCAGGAAGAAACCGCAGAUAUCAAGCUGGGUGAGGAAAGAGAUGGAAAGAUAGCACCUUUUACUUCAGUGAGAAUUCCAAUUAUAUUCACCCCAACAUUCCCAGGAAAAGCAAGUGCAUUGUUUGAGAUCACUUUUGAUAAUCAAAGUUGUAAAGCUAUUCCUAUCAUUGCCACUGGAGUGGCUAUUGAUGUUCCUGUGUAUGUUCCAAAUUCAAAUGUUGAUCUGAAGAUCUGUACCUUUGAUCGUCUGUACCAAGAUAGUGUUGUUGUUAAAAACAGAGCAACAACUGCCCUUCGUUUAAAGUUUGAAGUUUGCAAAAAACUAAGAAACCACAUGGAGCUGCUUCCAAAGACUGGUUUCAUCCAGGCUCAGUCAUCCUUCAGCGUACAGCUCAAGUUCAUACCCAGACACUCUCUUUUUGAAGAUGCUGGUGAAUAUUUUGAUAAAGAGACUGGAGUAUUGGAGGUCCCUGUGACAAUAUCGGUGGUUGAUCAGACCCGACCGGUUAUCUUUACUGUUCAUGCUAUUGUGACCACAUCAGACCUGGAAAUCAACCCCACUGAGGUGGAUUUUGGUUGCUGUACUAUCUUUGAAUCCGUUCAAACAUCCAUUCAAUUAACAAACAAGUCAAUCCUGCCCCAGGAGUUUGGUUUUGUGGGAAUCCCAGAGUACGUAGACAUUCAACCCAAUGAUGGUUUUGGAACUCUGCUUCCCUUGGAGACAAUAACACUGGAUAUCAUAUUCAGAGCCCCAAAAGCCGAAGAAUACAGCUUUGACCUGACAUGCAAAUCGGCUAUCAAUAGACAAUUUAAGGUCUCGUGUAAAGCCAUUGGGGUCCAUCCGCCUCUGGAACUGUCUCAUUCCUUGGUCCAAUUUCCGGGGACAGCCUUAAAUGAUGUCUCCAUUGCCACCUUGUAUGUCACCAAUUCCCACAUUAGCUGCAAUGAAUUCACUCAUCCUGUACCAAGGAUUGGCAAAGGAGAGAUUGCACCCGUUGGACCUACAUCAUUUCAAUUUAUGGUACCUGAUGAUUCAGCUUUCACUAUAUCACCAUCGGUUGGCUCUGUUUUUCCAGGCAAGAGGUGCCUAAUUCAAGUUUCUUUUAAACCAAGCCUUCAUGAUAAAGAGAUCAGAGAGGAAGCAAUAAGGAUGCUGCAUCGGGCAGUGGAAACAAGAACACUUCUUAAUAAAGAAGCCCCAACAGCAGUGGAAAAUGAAGACCAGAGCAAAAAAGUAAAGAGAAAUGUAUCUUCAAAGAAGGACAAACGAAAGCAGCUGGUAUCUCCUAAGCAAGUUCAGAAAUCCCUCAAACCAGCAGAAACUCUUAUUCCAGAGAUACCCAAGAUAGAAGAUAUAAAAGAAGACUCUGAUGAAUAUACAGCUGCCAGACUGUCCAUCUACAGAAGCUUUAUGGGCAAAUUUGACAAAUAUAUUAUACCUUGCUGCAUUGCUAGUUGUGACAUUGGUAAACGGAAAGAAGAUGAAAGCCUUAACUUCAGCCCAUAUAACACCCUGUACCUCGAGCUGCACUGCCCUGCCAUUGCACCUCCUUUGAUUGUCACUUCUGAAAAUGGACGCCAUCUCAUCAAUUUUGGAGCUGCUGCAAUAGGUCAAAAAUUAGUGAAGACAGUUUCAUUGCAAAACAUUUCAGCUGAGUCCUUGGAACCCUGUUUUUCAAUCUUGAACCCGUGUGGUUCUUUUUCGUUGCUCAAUCCAGUUGGUACUGUGGAGCCUGGAGCAAGUUGCCAUCUGUUUAUUGCCUUUGAACCUGAGGAGAGUAAAACCUUCUUUGAAAAUCUGGAGGUUCGCACUCGGCAAGCAACUCUGUCAUUAGGUAUUAAAGGGCAAGGACUGGCACCUUCUCUGACAUGCUCAGUAGAUGGAGUAUUAAACCUGGGCUAUGUACUAGCUAAAGACAGCACCAUAGCAUCAUUUAAGUUACAUAACACAUCAACAAUUCAGGCAAAGUAUUGCAUUAAACAGGGGAGUCUGUCUGUAACUAGAUAUGAGGAGCUUCAGAAACUUCCAAGUUUUAUUCAUUCAGACAAAUCCACACCCAGCUUUGUCGGACCUCAGAACUACAAUGGACAAAGUGUUUUCAGUGCGUCGCCUGUAGAGGGCACCAUCCAGCCUAACAAAACUGAAGAGAUCACAGUUUCUUUCUCUCCAGACCAUGAGAGUGUGAAUUUCUCUGACAUCCUCAUGGUGGAGCUCUUCGGCAAGCACAUAGCUCAUUCCAUCCAGCUUAGAGGUGCCUCCAGAAAGCACAUCAUGUACAUCGAAGGAGGAGAUUUACUGGAUGUCUCGACAGAGUCACUCUGCUCCAUCCCAGCAAUAGAAGGCGAUGCAGAUGAACCAGCAAAUACACUUCUCGUGACCCUGCAGUGUGCCCAGACUGAGGAGGAACUGAGGCCGGCUGUCAGGGAGCUGCACGUUGGCUGUAUACGCACAAUGUUAUCAUCAGCUAAAAAGAAUGUGGAAUUCUCAUGGGACAACAUACAGCUCCUACAACAGAAAGGAUUCACCAUCGAGCCAGUGAAAGCCUUAGUGGAUGCUGGUCAGAGGAAACCCAUAUCUAUUAACUGGAUUCCACCUGCUGGAUAUGAUCCAAACAAACCUGAAACCACCACAGCAAAACUGACAAUGAAAGGUGAUAUUACGGAAACCUACCAGAUUAUCUUCUGCACGCAAGUUGUGUCAUUAUAGAACCUUCUCUGAGUAACUAAACACCAAAGUUGAGUCCCAGUGUUCUGUAGGUGUCACUGCUAAUGAUUAUUGGUGCUACAAGAAACACAAAUGUAACAUGAUUCCUGUAAAAAUAAACUACUGAUUCUUCUAACAA